CAAUCCAAACAGAAUCACAGAGAAUUCACAACAAUUGCAGUGUGCAACAAAACAAAACCAAAACUCCUUUAAAGAGGUUGUCAACUGAAGAAGAAAAAAAUACUGCACUUGUCGCUGUCGCUUUUCUACCUCACAAUUCAAAGUGGCUUAUUAAAAAAAAACAAAAAUAAGCAAAGAAUAACAAUAAUAUAAUUUCCUAACUCAAAUUGACAUCGACAUUAGUUGUAUAGUUUAAAUUUUAAAAUAUCCAAACCAUGACCGAAGAGCAGCAAGAAGUAAAUUCAAAUGACAUUGGCGAUGCUUUUGUCACCGGAGGAUGUUAUGCGGGUAGUAACAAGCUAUUGGCUCGUAUGCCCACUGAAAGGCAUGCCGCCGAAUAUAAUAUGAAGCAUAAAAACCGUGGCCAAGCGCUUAUCUUCAAUCAUGAAUGCUUUGAAAUUCCAUCCCUCAAGUCGAGAUCUGGGACUGAAGAGGACUGCAAGCGUCUGUGUGCAUCGCUAAAGAACCUGCACUUUGAUGUUCAAGUUCACAAGGAUAAAAAAUUGAAGGAAAUACAAAAUAUUAUUGAAGAAGUUGCUCGGGUUGAUCAUACUGACAGUGAUUGUAUUCUAAUUGCUAUUCUAUCCCAUGGCGAAAUGGGAUACAUUUACGCCAAAGACGCCCAAUACAAACUGGACUCAAUUGCACACUGUUUUACAGCACAAAAUUGCAAAACACUGGCUGGCAAGCCAAAGCUAUUCUUCAUUCAAGCUUGUCAAGGUGAUCGUUUAGAUUCGGGUAUAACGCUUGAAAAGACUGAAACGGAUGGUGAAUCAUCGAUGAGUUAUAGAAUUCCGGUGCAUGCUGACUUUUUAAUUGCCUAUUCAACAAUCCCAGGAUUCUAUUCCUGGCGCAAUACAACCAAAGGAUCUUGGUUUAUGCAAUCCUUAUGCAAAGAACUCGAUGACAAUGGCAAGAAUUAUGAUAUUUUAACUCUUCUUACAUUUGUAUGCCAAAGAGUUGCAUUUGAUUUUGAAUCAUGCACACCAGACUUGCCAAUGAUGCAUCAACAAAAGCAAAUUCCAUGUACAACAACAAUGUUGACGAGAAUUCUUAGAUUUGCUGAUAAGAAAUGAAUUGUUUAAGUGAAAGUUUCUUUUUCUAAUUCCUCAAUAUAUCUAUUCAGCAUUUUUUGAAAUCACUUCAUAACAUUUCCGUAGUUGAAAUUUUUUUGAAAUUUUUUUUAUUUUUUUUAAUAAAUCAAAAUUGGAAAUCGUCUCUUAAAAU